CGGCGACGGCGACGACGACGACGACGACGAUGACGCGGACGCGGACGCGGACGCGAACGGGUCCAACGCUUGCGCUUUGCGUUAGUUUGGUAGUGCGUCGGUUUGGAGGGCGCGUUGUUGGAUUGGUCGUUGGUUUUAGUGACGUAAUAGUUCAUAUCGACCAAUGAGGUUAUCCGUAGCGUCAGAGAGGUUUCGAGUAGCAAAGUCGCGGAGGAGGAGACGGAGAGAGGGCGAGUGAGCGAACGAGUGUUCGUCGGGAGGGUUAUUCCAUCCAGAGAGACACGAGAUCUUUAUUUCAGCCCUGAGAACUCUGACUGACUGAACUAAACACUUAAAAAUCUAAAUUGAAAACAUUCGUAUGUACACGUUUCGAACCGUAAUUGAUUAACGCUGGAUACGAACGAAUUAAUUUUUCAAUUAAUAUAAAAAGCGCGCGCGCGUUACGAAAAGUUUGAAAAAAAAGGAAAGAAAGAAAAAAAAAAAAAAAACUCAUCCUUUUAUUUUCCACAUUUUAUACGUGUGUAACGCAACAUGAAACAAACUUUAAACAAACCAGCGAUGUAAGAGAAAAACAUAUCUAUACACACGCACAUAACAUGCGUAAAUAUUUAUUAUAAUUGUAACAUGUCAUGAAACUUGAAGACAACGAAAGGGAAAAAAUUGAAGCGAACGUGUUCGAAAUUUAAAAAUAAUUCCAAUCUUUUUAUUUCGUGCACUUUUUCUUUCGUUUUAUUUAUUUACUUAUUUAUUUUUAUGUUCGAUUCACAAAUAACAACGACAACACCACCACCACCACCACCAACAACAACAACAACAACAACAACAACAACAACAACAACAACAACAACAUAGAAAAUUUGUGUAUGACGCUACAGAUGUUUAAUCAAGGAUUCGAUAAUCCGUGUGUGUCAUAUUAUAUGUGUUUAAAGAAAAAUUGAACAAUAAAAAAAAUUUUGGCAGUUGAAAAAUGUUGUAUCUGCAAAAUAAAAAAUAGAGUAAUCAAUUAAUCUACUAAACGAGACACAAACAACUUAGCUAGCGUUGUCAUCGGUGAAUUCUAGUCUCAUUUAUUGUCUAGUCCUUUAUUCCGAUUUUUUUUUACACGUGACAAUUCCGUUUGAUUAAUCUAAAAAAAGUAAAAGAAAUGAACUUAUACCGCGUGCUAUAAUUCACCUAAUAAUAUGUACACUGCAUCGUAAUAUCGUUAAUCAAUCACACAUAUCGCAUAUGUAAUAGUGAAUUUUUGCGGAACGAUUCAAAAGUUUCCUCUUCUUUUUCUUUACUUUUAAUGUCACGAAAUUAAAAAAUACGGUUUUGACUUUUUUGCGUUACAAUUAAUCUCUCCGAUAUAAAUAUGGACCUAUAAACAUUAUUAUUGAAUCGAAUAAUAAAUGUCAAAUCUAUACCUCAAAAGUGCAGCUGAUUGUGCAGUUUUUGUUCUCAUUAAAAAAUGUGAUAAAUUGUGAGAAUGUAUAGACGCAUACAGCGUUAUAUAUUCCGAUAUAAAGUAACGUAAACUGAAUUACAAUUAUUAUAUUUAUCUAUCUACAUAUGUGUAUCAUUCAUACGGAUUAUGAAUAACAAGUCAAUCACCUUAUCGAAUUGAUAGUCAAUCGAUCUAUGUUAUAAUAAUUAAUAAUAUUUAAUAAUAUUUAAUAAUACAGUAUAACGAUUGUACAAAGUUUUUCGAAUUCAUUUAUCGAUGAUAUCCCCGCAUCGGUGAAACCCGCGGAAAAAAACAUUCUAAUUAUCACUUUUCUUCUUAUUUAAUAAUAAUAACGCCGAUGCGGUGACUAAAAUUGUGCCAACGAUGAUUGUCGAUUUGUAUCGUUUAUUUUUAUUUAUUUUUUUCAAAUUUCCCUUCUCUUUAAAUAAAUAAAUUUCAGUGUGCAAAUAUUAAACUGCUGGCGCAACGAGAAUUUUUCGUUGGUUCGAAAAUUGAACGGGAAAAUAAAUGGCGAUAAAAUCGAGAAAACAAUUAAACAAAAAUUGAAAGAAAAAGAAACUAGAUAAAGAGAGGGAGAGAAAAAAAAAUCGUUUCAAGGAGACAAUGACAACAUCAAUUACGAGGAUAUAAUUCAAUGAUAAACUAGAAGUUUUUAACAUUCCAUCCGUACAACAACCGAUAACGGAGAUAUCCUGGUUAAGACAAGAUUGCAAACAUGGGUCGGAAAAAAAUACAAAUAUCCCGGAUCACGGAUGAACGGAAUCGUCAGGUGACCUUCAACAAGAGGAAAUUCGGCGUCAUGAAGAAAGCGUACGAGCUGUCCGUGUUGUGCGACUGUGAGAUAGCCCUUAUAAUAUUCAGUUCUAGCAACAAAUUGUAUCAGUACGCCAGCACGGAUAUGGACAAGGUACUGUUGAAGUACACGGAGUACAACGAGCCACACGAAUCGCUAACGAAUAAAAAUAUAAUCGAGGCGCUCAACAAGAAGGAGCAUAAGGGAGCGAUGUCGCCCGAGAGCCCCGAACCGGAUGCUACGGAGUACAAUCUUACGCCCAGGACCGAGGCUAAGUACAGCAAAAUCGACGAGGAAUUCCAAAUGAUGAUGCAAAGAAGUCAGCACAACGGCGCGAGAGUGAUGGGUCAGUCCAAUUACACGCUGCCGGUGUCGGUGCCGGUGAACAGUUACGGUGAAUCUCUGCUCGGGUCCAGUCCGCAGAUGGCCCACACCAGCAUUUCACCCAGGCCCUCGUCGUCUGAAACAGAUUCAGUUUAUCCACCUGGAGGGAUGCUGGAGAUGAGCAACGGGUACCCGCCCUCCGCGUCGCCCCUGGGGGGCUCGCCUAGCCCCGGACCCUCGCCCGCUCUGGGCGGCGGGGGAGGAAAAGGUUCAAAUCCAUCCAGACAUUCGCCGCAACCACCGCCACCUCCUCAUCCGCACAGAGCAAAUCUCAGAGUCGUUAUACCCACGCCACUCGCACAGUCCUUGACGGACGACAACAAUUACGACAGCGGGCAUUCGCAGUCCGCGUUAAACACGCCGGUAGUAGCGUUGCAGACGCCCUCGGUCCCCGCCGGGUAUUCCAGUUUCGGACCGACCGAUUAUUCGUCGGAUCUCGGGAGCCUGGCGUGGUCCCAUCAGAGGUACGUCGAUGACUUGUCAAUGUAUUCGGCAGCCACCAUGUCCGGCAUCAGUGGUCUUCCGCACUUGGCUGUGUCGAGUAGUACGCCACCCCCUUCGACGUCGCCCCUACCCGUGAAAAUCAAAAGCGAACCGAUCAGCCCGCCACGAGAUCCGCACGGAGGUGGGGGCCCCGGUAAUCCGGGAACGAUCCACCAUUCGAACCUCGGCGUUGGCCCGUCCUCGAGCGGCGUGGGUCCCUCGCAUCACGGUCCUCACGGUGGUGUCAACCAGUCUUUAAAUCUAGUGUCCAGCAGACCGAGCAGUAACCCACCUCCUUCCCAUUCAGGUAGCAUAACGCCGACGAAUUUACCGUCCCCCGGAGGUGGAGGGGUCGGAGAUAUCAGAUCGACGCAUCCCGGGGGAGGAGGCAGUGGGGGAAAUAGUUCAGAUUACGAAAAUGGACCGCUCAUGAAACGGCCGAGAAUCACCGAGGGGUGGGCGACUUAGUAUCUCACACCGAUUAACGAUCGAUAUUGCUUUUUUCACGCUCUGUCGUACGACGGUAUGUUAUAGUAGCUGCAAACGCUCGGGUAUGGCUGUCGUAUAAUCGUGUCCAGCUAUAACUUUCUGGGACGAGGAGAAGUCUAUUUGGAUACAUUUUUUUUCUAUUAUUUUUUUCAUCUUGUCUCCAUUGUUUCGUGGGUUUUCUUUUUUAACCUGAAUCACGGAAGGUGAAAAUAGAGGGAGGAAGAAAUGAGAUGAAGUACUUCGGUUAUUUGGUAGAGGAGGAGUUUAACCCUUGAGCAAGUUGGGUGUAAAAGUCGAUACGAGAGACGUUUACUUGUCGAUGUUGUUCGGAGUUUUUAUUUUUUGUUUCCUUUUUUUUCUAAGAGAAAAAUUUUUUUAUUAAAAAUGACGAACAGAAAAUUGUGGUGCCAUAAUGUUGAAACUUUAUAUAUAUUAUAUAUGUACGAUGGAUAUAUAUAUUAUAUUUUCAUGUAUAUAACUAAGAGGUGUUGUUUGUAUAUAUGUCAUUAGAUUCACGACGAUUAUGAUUAUGAUUAUAAUGAUAAUGAUGAUGAUGAUUAUUAUGAUGAUAACGCAGUAAGUCAAAAUUUACGCUGCUGCCCUACGUCUUUGUAUACUCUGAUAUAUAAACCUCUGUAACAAUAGGUUAUUAUAUUACCUGAAAGUAAUCAUGAUCGGAAGUAUGAUGUGUGCUUUAUCGUUAGUCGUGUGAAGGUGAUGAUGACGUUGUUAAAAAAAAAGAAAAGAAAAAAAAUAAUAAGAAGAGAAAAAUGAAUUUAAAUAAUAUUUAAUUGUAGAGAGAGAAAAAAAAACAAAGAAAAAAAACGAAAAAACCAAAAUUCACCGAUGAUAUCUACUAUUGGAGGGUAAAAUUCUUUAACGAUGUGUGUAACACGUAACGAAAAAAAUUUAUAAGAGAAAAUGUAUAACAAUUAUUAUUAUAUUAUUUUAUAUUAUACAAUA